UGUACGGAGAGAACUGUUGGCCUCUGAAGGGACUCAGCCAGUUCAGUCCAGCCUGCUGCUCUUUCUCUCCUUCUCUCUUUUUUCUUUUCCCCUCUCACUCUCUCUUCCUGUCCUGUCUGUUUAAGGAGAGAAAGAUUUGGGAAAUUCCUUUAAGCUACUUUACUUCAGGUUUCUCUGGGAUUUAAACAUGCACUCUGAGGUUUUGGUACAGUCCAUGUUGGCGCCGUUGUUUCUGAUUCUGCUCUCAGCCGUGGAGGACACUUUGUUACAAUCGGUGAGCCAGGUGGGUGGCGUGUGUAGGCUGUCCGCAGAGUCGUCCCUGCGCCGCUGCCGGACACCUGACAGCAAGAUCUGCAGCGGGAGGGGCAAGUGUGACUGCGGCAUCUGCACCUGCGAGGCCACGGAUCCGGGGAAGUUCUACGGUUCGCGCUGCGAGUGCCACGACUGGGUCUGUGCUACGCUUAAUGGGAAAACUUGCAAUGACCGUGGCUACUGUGACUGUGGGACGUGUGAGUGUGACGAAGGCUGGUUCGGAGAUGCCUGCCAGUUCCAGGAGGAGUGCAACCUACCCGGCAAGAAGAGCAAAGAGCUUUGCAAAAACCCACAGGGGGUGGUGUGCUCCAACAGAGGGACGUGCCACUGUGGUAGCUGCAUGUGUGAGGAUAAGGACAACAGAGGUCUGGUGACGGGACCUUUCUGUGAGUGUGACGACAGCGAGUGUCUGGACGAGGACACAGGAGAGGUGUGUGGAGGCCAUGGCCAGUGUUACUGUGGAAACUGUUACUGCGCUGCUGGUUGGCAUGGAGACAAAUGUGAAUUCCAGUGUGACAUCAGCCCAUGGGAAAGCAAGCGGAGAUGCACAUCUCCAGAUGGCAAAAUCUGCAGCAACAGAGGGACCUGUGUGUGUGGAGAGUGUAACUGUCAUGAUGUAGAUCCAUCUGGCGACUGGGGAGAUAUUCAUGGAGACACCUGCGAAUGCGAUGAGAGGAACUGCCAUGCAACCUACGACCGAUACACGGAUGACUUCUGCUCAGGUCAUGGCCAGUGUAAUUGUGGCAGGUGUGACUGCAAGGAAGGAUGGGACGGGAGGAAGUGCGAGCAUCCUCUGUCCUGCUCCCUGUCUCUGGAGAGCAGUCUGAAGAAGUGUCGGGGAACGUCCAAUUUGCCCUGCUUCGGACGAGGUCAGUGCCAGUGUGGACAGUGUACUUGCUACCCACCUGGGGACAGCCGUGUUCAUGGCAAAAACUGUGAGUGUGACGACCGUCAGUGCGAGGACAUCAGUGGAGAGGUCUGUGGAGGUCACGGUUACUGUUCGUGCGGACGCUGCAUCUGCGAGGAGGGCUGGUUCGGAAAGCGGUGCCAGUUCGCGAGGUCUUGUGACAUGACCGAGGUUCAGAGCAAGGAGGUUUGUGAGACUUCCGACGGAGUCAUGUGCAGUGGAAAAGGUUCCUGUCACUGUGGCCAAUGUAUCUGCUCUCCUCAAGACUCCUGGGUGUCUGGAGAGUACUGCGAGUGUGACGACCGAGAGUGUGACAAACAUGACGGCCUCAUCUGCACAGGGAAUGGGCUGUGCAAUUGCGGCAACUGUGAGUGCUGGGACGGCUGGACGGGGAACGCUUGCGAAAUCUGGCUGGGAGCCGAGUACUGAGGUGGAGAGGACACUGGUGUUAGAAGACAAGAGAGGCCUGGCUGCCCGGAGCGACCAGGAGCACCGCUGAUUGUCAUACUCACGACCAGGCUGGUAAAAUCCCCUCGGCCAGGAAAACCCACGGGAGGAUUGGACAAGACAAAACUAAACAUGGAUGUAAUUCUGCAUAUCACUAACAGCAUUCAUUCUUUUAUUGUACUGGUUACAAGUGAUUGAAAACAUAUUACAAUGUAAACAUUUGUUUCCAAAACAGCUUUUUGUAUAAUUUCUUUUUAUAAUGUAGGAAUGCUUAUCCAGAUGGCUACACAUAAUAGGAUGCAGGUACAUGACAAAUCCAAAUGUUGGAAUGGGAAGAAUUAUUAAAAGUGACAAAACAGAUCUACAUUAUCAUCCGCAGUAUCCAAAUACAGCGGGUGAUAAUGUAGUUCAUCAUGUACAUCUGUUUUUUGACUGGUACAGAGCGCUAUGUUGUUUCACAAUCGGACGGAAAGUUCACUCGAAAGCUCGAGGCAGAAGUUACUGUUUGAGGUUUUUAUUUGUUUUUAAUAAUAAAACAUUAAAUGUGCCGCAUGACACAACAUUUUGCAUGGAAAACAAUGCGAAGACCUUAAUCAUACAUGGUUACAAAUUUGUUAUAACAUGACAUAACUCCAAUGGGCAUACUUGCAAUGGUAUAUAUAUUUUUUUUUUGUUGAAAAUAAAUCAUUUUUAAUAGUG